AAAUUUUUUAAGUAGGACACGAAAAGUAUGUCAAACCUUUCACUUUUAGGAAAUAAUCCUUCCUAACGCUUACGAUGGAUAAGGUAGAUAGUAUUCCCGUUAAAGUGUAUUUUACGUCUCCAAACGAAACACCUCGCUUGACAAAAAUCAUGUUAUGUGCAAAAGAUCGAAGUGAAAUUAUUUAAGUAUCAAGCAUGCGUUACAAUCAAAUUAAUACUGGUACGAAUAUUCUUACAUAAAGUACCGGUGAUUUAUGAAAGUUAUUUUAUUCCGAAAAAGGCUUUCAUUCCUGUAAAGUAAACAAAAAUCAACAAUGGCUAAAAUAAAAGACAAUACUAUCCAAAUAGUAUUUAUUUCUUUGAUUUUUGAUCUCCUAGCAUUUACUAUGAUAUUACCAUUGUUACCAGCGUUAUUAGAUUAUUAUAAGGAUGUGGAAAAUGAUCAAGGCUUAUACUUUAAAAUCUUACACUAUGUACAACGAGCCAGACAAUUUUUUGAUGCUCCCAAUAAAGUUAGUACAGUGCUUUAUGGAGGUUUUCUCGGUUCUAUGUACUCAUUUUUACAAUUUUUGGGUUCACCGAUUGUAGGGGCAUUAUCUGAUAUUUAUGGAAGAAAACCACUAAUGCUGUUUUGUUUAACAGGAAUUAUGAUGUCUUAUUUAUUAUGGGCACUUUCUUGUAAUUUUACUAUCUUUGUGUUAGCAAGAUUUUUGGGAGGCAUUAGUAAAGGAAAUAUUAGUUUAUCAAUGGCUAUUAUCACAGAUGUUACAUCUCCCCAAACAAGGGGAAAAGCAAUGGCACUGGUUGGCAUUGCUUUUUCCAUAGGGUUUGUCGUGGGUCCAAUGAUAGGAGCAUUUUUUGCUUGGACUUCGGCUAAUAAUAGAGAAGGAUCUUGGUACAUAGUACCUGCUGUAUUCGCUCUUUUUCUAGCAGCAAGUGAUUUAUGUUUCAUUCUUUGCAAUUUGAGAGAAUCUUUACCUCCUCACUGCAGAGCAAAAAGUCUCAAGUCUGGUAUAUCUGGAGCUAUUACUUAUAUCAGUCCUGUAGACCUGUUCCAGUUUAAUGGAGUAUCCAGUUUAAAUUUGCAAGAUAAAAAAAACUUAAGAACACUGGGUUAUGCAUAUUUUAUGUAUUUAUUCAUUUAUAGUGGCUUGGAAUUUACCUUAACAUUCCUAACUCACUAUCAAUUUGAAUUUACAAGUAUGCAACAAGGGUGGAUGUUCUUAGGAAUUGGGUUAGUUAUGGCAGCUUUACAAGGAAGUUGGGUACGAACGAUUCCACCUCAUAAAACAAAGCAUACAGCAGAAUUGGGUUUAUGGUUAAUAAUUCCAGCAUUUGUAUGUAUAGGGAUAGCAGAAAACAUACUAACACUAUCUAUUGGAAUACUCCUUUUCGCAGUAUCUACUGCUAUGGUUGUUACAUGUAUGAUGACGCUUGUAACACGAAUUGGGCCUGAAAAUCAGAAAGGAGUGAUAACAGGUGUAUUUCGUUCGCUUGGGGCAUUAGCUCGGGCUUGUGGACCUAUAAUAGCUUCCACAGCAUUUUGGUGCAUUGGUAGCAAGACAACAUAUCUUAUCGGUGCGGUAUUUCUUGUAUUUCCUCCGCUUAUUCUUCAGAGCAUAAAAUCUCUUUAAACAAAAA